AUGAGAGUCCUCUUCGUCCUUCUUCUGAUCGUUGGCCUUACCUUGGCCCUGAAUCCAAACCAUCCGAAGCUGAACGCCGCAAAGAAAAAUGUCGAUGUAGAUGAAGAUCGCCGCACUGCGCCAAGCCCAAACGCCAAGGACAACAGCAACCCACCAUUUGGCCGACGUGUGAUUCCAUGCGACGAAACCUGCACGAACGGUGGCGAUGUUGCGACUUGUUGCAGAGCUCAUGGCUUUGGAGAUGGAGACUGCGACUAUUGGCACCACGCACAAUGCUGGCGCUGA